GGUGGAGCGCUCGAACAGGAAAUGUCACCGAAAAGGAACCUUGCACUCCCCGUGAUUCCCCCAAAAAUCCACAGAGCCUGACUGACGACUACAUAAAGAAUCUCAUCAUGAAACCAAGAAGAUAUUGCGUGAAAGGAAGUGAGCUGCAGCUGCACGGUCGCCUGCGAGACACUUAGAUGCGGUGACCCGAACCAAAGCCAAAGAUGCAGGGAGCCAUCGCAAGGUUGUGUAUGGUCGUCGCCGCCGCCAUUUUGAACCACCCCUCGCUUAUUCCGCAAGAAAACGCCACCAUCGCAGCGCAGGACGAAGAACUGAUGGUGCGCAUGCGGGAGCACGCCGAGAGGCUGGAAAGGGAACGGUCCAAGCUGGAGGCGGAGCUCUCGCGGGCGGUUGCGAAGGAGGACGAGGGCGGCGGCUGGGAGGACGGUUACAGCUGGUACUUCUGGGGCACGGUGUCCUUCGUGGUGUUCUUGGCCAUCGAGAUGGGCAGGAUGGACACGUUCGAGUCGGACACGGGGGCGCUCGAUGACGACGACGAGGCGCUCCCUACUCGAGCGCUGGAACUAGACAAGGACAUCCUGAGCCACUUCUACGACCGAUGGACUUACAUCUCGUCCCACGACACCGGAAGGAUGAGGGAGUUCGUGGAGGGUUUUACCGACGACCUCCUGGAGUCCCUCAGGAGCAUUUCCGAUCGAGAUGCCGAUAUGGAGGUGGGGGACUUUGUCGGAAUCGGAAGCAUGUUCGAGUCUUGGCAAGUGCGGAAGACUCCGACGUGCGACCUGGUGGUGCCUUUAUCACCUCCGGAUGCGCUCGACUUCCGGGUCAACCUUUGGUGUGAACCAUCAAGCGACAUGCCCCCCGACAGGCAAGGCUGUGGCACCGUCCAGGUGAGCAGGUUCGGGGACCGCGAGGGGGGUUGCCUGUGCGGUUCUGCCAACCUGGGAGAGGACAUGCUGUGCUUACUGCACGGUAAAACCGACACGGCGCACGUCGUGGACCGCGAUCUCGACGCGCUGCUCUGCUCCAAACGAACGUCGCUCUUAGCUAAGGAUCAAGUCAUGAAGUGGUUUCAGGUGUCCCUCACCAAAGCGUGGGGGCGCAUCUCCCACAAGUAUGAUUUUGAGGUCACGUUUCGCAGACUGGACGCGACGGGCGCCCUCAAGGUCCGAUUCCCUUCGGGGAAGGCCAUCAUGGUGAACCUCAUACCGGCCAUCCAGCUGGUGGACACCGACGCUUAUCUGGUCUCUCACUUCCCCUCGGACGGCGACGGUCCUCCGGAUCCGUUCUGGCUUCUCUCGCUGGGCAUCUACGAGAGGAAUCUCCUGAAACACUUGGCCAAAUUCCUACCUCGACAUUCCUGCCAUCUGCACUGCCUUCAGGUGGUCACCUUCCUGCACGCAAAGCAGACGACCCUCACGGGGGGAAACGCUUUGACCGACUACCACUGGAAGACGGUCCUCUUGCAUCUGUUGCUGCGCGACAAACCGUCGGCGUGGAGCGCCGACAAAACCGAGUCCAGAUUGCGAGACAUGUUCGGCUUCAUGCGCGGGAGCCUGCGGGAGAAGAGACUCCAUCACGUCCUCAUCGGAAACGGCAGAGUGCCGCGAGAGAUCCGGUUUCCCGAGACGAUCCGCAAAGCGGAGCCGGUCAAUCUCUUUCGAGGUUUGGUGUUGAAGAGGGACCUUUACGCCGCCACGGUGUGCCACUUACAAGAGAUGUUGAGGAACGCUGCCGUGCUUUUACAAGAGUACACGCCACUCUCGAUGUCUGGUGGAGGCUUGGAUUACUAGAAGCAUUUGAACAAGUUGGUAGACGUAAAGCACUUUCCGUAUUUUCCGCACUAUAAGGCGCACCUUCAAUGAAUGGCCUAUUUUAAAACCGUUUUCAUAU